GAUAUUUAACAGAUAAUUAACGGCAAUAUUUUGGAAUCGUCGUUGUGUAAAUAAACAAAAGCAUGAACACGUGUUUACGUGUAUUAAAGUACAGUAAAUACAGAAUAAUAAAUAAAUAGGGGAAAAUAUUUCUGAGAAAGUUUCUAAAACCCUUCACCGGAUGUGGAUAGGUCACGUGACCAAACAGCAUGAACCUGAGGAAAAUGUCUGCUCGACAGAAUUAUCAUCACAAUUGUGAGGAGAUAUUGAAUGAAUGCAUCAACGUAUUACUCAAGUCAGCAUACGUAAACCAAUGCCAGGCUGCACAUUAUGACAGGAGUGAUGUUGCUUUAAAGGGAUUUCAUCUCUUCUUUGAGAAAUUAAACCGUCAACAUCUUCACCAAGCAGACAAACUCAUGGAGUACCAAAACAAACGUGGUGGACGCGUUGUUUUACAGAAUAUUGACGAACCCGAGAUUUCGUUUUGGGACUCUGGUGCUUCUGCCAUGGAAUAUUCACUUGUCGUUGAAAAAAACAUCAACCAGCACUUUCUAAAGCUGGUUUUGUGUGCUAAAAAGAACGGAGAUCCUCAACUCAUUGGGUUCCUUAAGAAGAUUGCCCUUGGAAAACAAGUUGAAAACAUCAAGCAAAUCUCUGAUUACAUUUCAAGAUUGAACCAGUUGGGCGAAGGCCUCGGUGAAUAUAUGUUUGAUAAAGAAACACUUCAGCAUUGAGCAUAUUGCAUUGUGUUGAUGUUCUGUGGAAAUAGUUCAAAUAUAUAAUCUCAACAGAGAAAUUAUUAUUUUGUAAGAAUCUCAGCUAAAAUGUAUCUUCUAAAAACAUGCUUAUUAUUAACGUAACUCCAGUAUAGUUAGCUUGAAGGAAGAGGAACUCAAAAGUUUUCAAAAAUCACAAUAAUUUAAACAGAUUUAAAAGAUUUUUUUCAAGGAUCAAAAUUUGUAUUUCUUCCACGAUUAAACGUUUUGUAAUUUA